UUAAAAGACUGCUCGCGCUUCCUCGCGUCGUCUCGCGUUUUACUUCCGAUCUCUCAAAGUGUACACACGAUUUUGUUGUCUUACAUAUAAUUACGUUUUUAAUCACAAAGAAAACGUACAUUAAUUCAUGAAUUAUUUAGUCUUGAUAAUGCGUAAAGUUUCUUUUAAUUGAUCGAUAUAACUCUGUAAUAGUGCUGUAUACAUCAUUAGUGCAUAAUGUGUUUAAAUCUCCAUUUAAAAUUACGAUAACGCGGGAAGCUGUGUAAAGUAAACCAUAUAUUAUAAUACGUGGUGCAUAUCAUUUUGUAAAAGUGACUGUUAUAUUGAGAAAAUGCUCACUCACUGGUGUUUUAUCUCGCUGCUAUAUUAUGGAUGUGUCAUUCAAAUAAACGGUCUAUUUCGCACACGCGGAUUGUUCCCUCCGACAACCGAUUCCAAUUUAUUGGUCGAAGAUAGAGUAAGACAGAGUGGCUAUCCCUUUGAACUUCACCAUGUAACAACUGAUGACGGGUACAUAUUAGCCGUUCAUCGAAUACCUAAUCGUUCGAAUAAAACCGUUGAGAAUCAUCGAGUGGUGUUGAUCAUGCACGGAUUGUUGGGAUGUUCAAUGGAUUGGCUGGUAACGGGUCGGAAUCGAUCAAUCGCUUAUCUUCUGGCUGACGACGGCUAUGACGUGUGGCUCGGCAACUCCCGCGGGACCACGAAUUCAAAAAACCACACGUAUCUUUCCAUACAAAGCGCUGAAUUCUGGGACUUCAGCUGGCACGAGAUGGGUAUGCACGAUUUGCCGGCUAUGAUAGACUACAUACUGUAUCAAACCGGCCAAGAGCAGCUGUUCUAUGUAGGCUUCUCUCAAGGCACAACGCAAUUUUGGGUUCUUAUGUCCCUCAAGCCGGAGUACAAUAAAAAAAUCAAGCUUAUGUCCGCAUUAGCCCCCGUGGCUUACGGCGGUGGCAUGGGCGGUAUACUAAAACCUCUGAGCUUCUUCGCGGAUUUUUUUAAGGGACUUUUCAAGUUCACUGGAUAUUUCGAACUGUUAGCGAAUACGGAAAUGGAGAAAUUCGUAACGCAUACCUUCUGUCAGGAAGACUAUAUCACUCAACCCUUUUGCCAACUGAUUGUAAACAUGGUCGGAGGUUUCAGCAUCGGAGAAGUGGAUUACGCGCACUUGGCGGACUAUCUGCAGUUCGCGCCGGCGGGAUGCUCGUAUAAGCAAUUGGUUCACUACGCGUUGGGUAUUCAGAAUCCAGGACAUUUUCGGCCUUUCGAUUACGGCCCGUUAAAAAAUCUUAUAACAUACAAGCGAUUCGUGCCGCCGGAGUAUCCCCUGGAAAGGAUCACGGCCUCGGUGAUCCUGUAUAACGGCCUGAACGACGUCUUGGCCGAUCUGAAUGACGUUGAGCUAUUGUACAGAAAACUGCCGAAUAUUUUGGAGAAAUACACGGUGACGCUAAAGGGACUGAGUCACUUCGAUUUCGUGUACGGUCUGCACAUACGAGAUCUCGUCUACGAUCAUCUUAUUAAAAGGAUGAAUUCCAUAUCGUAAAGGUAAAACGCAGGACUCGCGAACAUCGUUUACGACGAUUUAUUGUGAACGGUUUGGAUUAAGCAUUUGCUGCUCGUGUAUUCUGGAUACCUCAUUAACUUGACCGAAUGUCAAGUCUAACGGAGCCUUUCUAAUUCUAACGUGAAUGGGAAUUGCUUCAGGGAAGACACGAGGACCACUUCGAUUAUAGUUUUGCAUCAACUUUAUUUCACGUUCGUCUUUCUCGUAAUCGUAUAAAUUUUGAUUACGCCUUUGUCUUUUUUCUUUUUUUCUUUUUUUUUAGAAAAGAAAGAUACGACUUUUGUACAUUAGAGCGAGUAAUAUUAGCCGAGUCUAUAACACAUAGUCAUAAGUAUUACUAUUUAUUGUGUAGCGUUGCGACUUUUUUUUGUACACUAUCUAAGAGAAGGAGAUU